AUGGCAACUUCAAAGACACACAAGCCUCAGCAACUUCCACAGUUUACUUUAAGAGAUUAUGGCGCAUUCUUCACGGCAGCAAUCGACGUGGUGAAGACGAGGAUACAAAUUGAUCCGGCAUUGGCGAGGGACUCGCUCUUCUCUGGCGGACGCAAGAUUAUAGCUGCAGAGGGUCCAUUCGGUCUCUUAACUGGGUUUGGUCCUACUGCAGUUGGAUAUCUCGCUCAAGGAGGUGCUAAGUUUGCUGGAUACGAGUUCUGGAAGAAAAACAUUGUCGAAGCAGUCGGUGGUCCUGAUAAUGCAGUGGCGUAUCGAAUGCCUAUUUAUCUGCUCAGCGCCAGCAUUGGAGAAUUCUUCGCGGACAUCCUGCUCACACCAUUAGAGGCGACACGUAUUCGACUCGUAUCUGACCGUAAAUACGCAUCUGGACUGGUUUCGGGAUUCAUGCGUAUGGCGCGUGAGGGAGGCGUUCGCGAGCUUUAUGCCGGCUUCCUCCCAAUCUUGUGCAAGCAAAUUCCUUAUGCCAUCGGACAAUUCACCGUCAACGAGCUCUGUCACGAACUCGCGUUCAGGAAUAUGUCGGAGGAACAACGACGUAACUUGUCUACCGUGACGAGUGGGGCGAUUUCGUUGGGUAGCGGCUUGACGGCUGGUGUCGCCGCAGCGGUUUUGUCUCAGCCGGCGGAUACUCUGCUCAGUCAGAUAAACAAAGGCCAUGGUCCACAGGGCACGAUGGUUUAUAGACUCACGACACUCGCAAAGCAGGCUGGGUUCAGAGGCUUGUUCGCCGGUCUUGGUCCAAGAUGUGUCAUGACAGCGGGCCUUGUUUCGGGCCAAUUUAUCAUUUAUGACGCCCUCAAGCAUGCUAUGGGUGCACCGCCAGGGAUCGAGAUUCACAAGGAGACUACCGUUGAAUAG